GACAUUAGUAACACGCAUGUUUGUUAUCAUUAUGGUUAAUAUAUGACACGGUUCAAUCUAUGUAAGUUUAUGUCAACGUUGAAUUAUUAAAUAUAAAUAAAUAUAUAUAUGUAUACUAAUAAACAUUACAGGGAUGGAAUACGAAAUGAGACCGGUGCCUCCGUUCCGUUGUGAACAAAUAGAGAGAUCAAAACUUAGUCGUGAGUGGAGAUCGUGGAGAAACGCGCUUGAAUGUUAUUUCGAAGCGCAUUCCAUUUUUGAUCAGAGAAUAAAACGAGCAAAACUUCUGUUUCUUGGUGGACCACAGCUUCAAAGGGUUUUUGAGAACCUUAAUGAUACUGAUAAGAUUCCGUUGGUAGCAGUUAAGGAAACAUGGUACGAACUCGUUGAACGAGUUUUUCCAGCCAGCUCGUCAACAUACUUUAGAAAGACAUCGCCUUCGUGAAAUGAAACAGAUGAAAGAUGAAAGUUUUGCUCAAUUUGUGAUGCGUUUGAAGCAACAGUCAGCAGAUUGUGGUUUUGACAAGUACUCGCCAGACGUUUCUAAGAUUUUGACUGAGAUAACAUUGAUAGAUGUCAUAGUCCAAGGAUGUACGUCGAAUGAAUUACGUCGUCGUAUAUUGAAGGAGGAUCAUUCUUUGGCCGAAAUUGAAGCACUGGGAGCGACAUUCGAAUGCGUAGAUGAACAGGUCAAGAGUCUGACCAACGUGACCGCACAUCCACAAGAGAAGGUUUUCAAAGUAACCGAAAGCCAAAAGGUGGAGAAUAAGUCCAGCACUAAUGGUUAUCUGUCAUGUUAUCGUUGUGGAAACCCGGGCCAUUUUUCUAAAUCUCCAAACUGUCCGGCCAGAAAUAAAACGUGCAGGCGCUGUAAGCGGGUGGGCCAUUUCGAAUCAGCAUGCCGGGGGUUAUCAAAACGACCAACAAACAACCAGAAUGACAACGUGACAUCGAGAAAAGUUCGAGCCAUCGAGACCGUCAGCAGCGAUACCGAUUCGAAGCCGCCAAGCCAAUCUUCCAAGUUGGAAGACCAGACCCCUGAGAAGACGUAUUACGCCUUUUAUACAGGCAACGAAACUAACAUGAUUGAAUGUUACAUUGGUGGAAUCAAAUGGAACGUGAUUAUUGAUUCCGGAUCAGAAUGCAAUCUGAUCACAAAGGAUGCGUGGGAAAGAUUGAAAGCUUCUAAAAUCGUGGUACUUUCAUCUACGAAAGACUGUGAUCGGGUGUUGAAAGCAUAUGGUAGCGAUGCACCACUGAAGGUUUCCGGUUGCUUUACCGCUGAAGUACGUAUCAAUGAACGACAUGUUGUGGCUGAAUUCAUCGUGGUACAUGGUGGACAGCAAUGUUUGCUUGGUGAUAGAACCUCUAAAGAUCUCGGUGUUCUGAAGGUUGGGCUGGAUAUCAACAAUGUGAUGGAAGCGUUGAAGCCAUUCAAUAAAAUUACGGGAAUACAAAUCCACAUUCCCAUGGAUCCAGAUAUUAAACCGGUAUUCCAACCGCUGCGUAAGAUACCUGUUCCUCUUGAGGCUGCUGUAAAUAAAAAGCUUGAACAGCUUCUUCAAAAGGACAUAAUCGAAGUGAAGAACGGCCCAACUCAGUGGGUGUCACCUUUGGUAAUAGUAGGAAAAGCGAAUGGAGAACCGAGACUUUGUCUAGAUUUACGUAGAGUGAAUGAAGCCGUGUUGCGAGAACGCUAUCCGAUGCCUGUCGUGGAUGACUAUUUGGCUAGGAUGGGAAAGAACAUGAUCCGUAGCAAACUCGACAUCCGCGAAGCAUUUCUGCAAAUCGAAUUGAACCCGAACUCACGAGACAUCACUACAUUCAUCACCAGUAAAGGACUUUUCCGGUUCACGAGGAUGCCUUUUGGUCUGGUUUCCGCUCCUGAAACAUUUCAGAGAGUGAUGGACGAGAUACUGGCAGGAUGUGAAGGAGUAUACUGGUACCUCGAUGACGUCAUGGUUGAAGGCGCAACCGUGGAAGAACAUGAUGCACGACUCAAUGAGGUUCUAAAUCGUUUCAAGAAUCGUGGCGUUGAGUUAAACUGGGAAAAUGCGUGUUUAGAAAACAAGAACUUGAAUUCCUUGGGCAUAUUGUCUCACCUGACGGAAUUCUAUCAGCAGCAACUAAGAUGGAUGCUAUUCAGACGUUUCGGACUCCAAAGAACGAAUCUGAAGUUAGAAGUUUCCUUGGACUAGCUAAUUAUAUGAACAAAUUUAUUUGUAAUUUGGCCACUAUCGAUGAACCGUUGCGUAGAUUAACUUUGAAGAACACACUUUUCGAGUGGACUGAGGAGCACACCGACGCGUUUGAAAGGAUAAAGCAAGGAAUGAGAGAAGCUGGGAAAUUGGGAUAUUUUAACGUCAACGACCGUACAGUGGUAACAGCCGAUGCCAGCCCUGUAGGACUGGGUGCUAUCCUGGCGCAAUAUGAUAGCAAUGGUCAAAUACGUGUGAUCAACUAUGCAUCUAAAUCUUUAACCGACACAGAGAUAAGAUAUUGUCAAACUGAGAAAGAGGCGCUAGCUCUAGUAUGGGCUGUAGAACGAUUUCAAAGAUACCUUAUAGGAAGAUCAUUCGAUUUGGUUACAGAUUGUAAAGCAUUACAAUUUUUGUUCACUACCAGAUCCCGUCCAUGUGCACGCAUUGAACGAUGGGUUUUGCGCCUACAGUCGUUUGACUAUAAAAUUGUACAUAUAGCUGGAGAGAGUAACGCAGCAGAUGCACUGUCACGGUUAGCAACAUUGUACCCGACACCUUUUGACCAAUCUGAAGAACUUAUGAUUCGAGCAGUCGCAGUAUCUUCUGCGAAUGCAUUGGCAUUGAAUUAACAGCAAAUUGAAGAUGCUUCCAAAGAAGAUGAAGAAAUUCAGAACAUAAUUGUCCUCCUUGGUUCAAACCGACAACGAGAGCUUCCUAUUCCGUAUCGCGUCAUCGCAAACGAACUUUGUCAGGUUGGAGACGUUCUAAUGCGAGUAGACAGAUUGGUGAUCCCCUCGAAGCUUCGGCCUGUGGUAUUGAGUCUGGCUCAUGAAGGACAUCCAGGCAGCCGAAUGAUGAAAAGCCAUCUCCGUAGUUCUGUGUGGUGGCCGAAGCUAGAUCAGCAAGUUGAUGAGUAUGUAAGAAACUGUCGAGGGUGCUGUUUAGUAUCUGCACCGGACGCACCUGAGCCAAUGAUAAGGAAAACGUUACCUUCUGGUCCCUGGGAGGAUAUUGCAGUCGAUUUUAUGGGUCCACUUCCAGAAGGACAAUAUUUAUUAGUAGUAGUGGACUAUUACUCUCGAUUCGUGCAAGUGAAAGAGAUGAAUUCCAUUUCUGCUAGUGAUACUAUUCAAGAGUUGAGUGUGAUCUUCAGCAGAUAUGGAAUCCCAAAUACAUUGAGAGCUGAUAACGGACCUCAACUCAGUGAACACUGUGAAGAGCUGAAUAUAUUUUGUCGUGAAAAUAGUAUAAAGCUAGUAAAUACGAUUCCGUACUGGCCACAGCAAAACGGCGAGGUGGAGAGACAAAACCGUUCAAUCUUGAAAAGGUUAAAAAUAUCUCAGGAGCUAGGGAAGGAUUGGAGAAGAGUGCUUAGUCAAUAUCUGCUGGUAUACCAUUCAACAAAUCAUUCAACAACAGGAAAGUCCCCGGCGGAAUUGAUGUUUGGCAGACGCAUCCGGAACAAACUGCCUCAUGUUCCGUUGUACCGAUUGGAUGACGAAGAAACCCGUGAAAACGACAUGGCCCACAAAGAAAAAGGAAAGGAAUAUGCUGAUGGUAAAAGAAAAGCAAAGUCAAGUGAAAUCGCGGUAGGAGAUACAGUGUUAACGAAGAGAAUGAAGAAGACGAAUAAGUUGGAUACAGAUUUUUGCAACGAGGAGUAUAUUGUAACGCGUAGAGAAGGUAGUGAUUGUACAAUAGAAUCUAAGGAAUCAGGAAAACAGUACAGAAGAAAUGUAAGUCACCUUAAACAAGCAGUUGGAGCGAAUCAAAGCAAGAGUAUCCCAGAAAACUGUGAGGUACGCGAGGGCAUGCAAAAGAAUAAUGGAGAAUUUGACAAACCUGAAGAACUACAUACACAUAGAAACAUAAAUGAAAUAACCGAGAAGAGAAUUCGCAAUGAGCCGCAUUAUUUUAAAGAUUAUAUUGCACACUAAAACAAUAAAAAAGUAAAUGGGGGAUUGUAGGAUUUGCGUAAUGUAAUUGUUAAAUAAAGAUUGUAUGUUUUGUUUCAGUGUAAUGACACAUGGCACCGUUGUUAGGGGCAACGUGCAGAAAAGAACAUAGUAGUCGGGAAGCAUGGAAAAAGGGAAGUUUUGGUGUACACGUGUUGGAAUAAAGACGUAGUUCAAAAGCCUAAGUGAAAAUAGUUUUGAUUUCAAGUUAUUUGUCCGAUUGUGGUUCUCCUGCUUUCCGCUCCGGAUUCGACUUCGAC